UUUUUUUUUUUGGGGGGGGGGUCUUUUAGUUCUUACACGUUUAUUGUUAUUUCGGAUUUUCAAUAUUUCGGCCUGAGCAUCACUGAAGAUACAUUAUUUGUCGAAAUGCGCAUCUGAUGCAUCAAAAUUGGUACCGUAUAAGUUUUACAUAAGCAAUAGAAAAUAGAGAGUUGGGCAAACACGGACCCCUGGAUAUACCAAAGGUGGGAUCAGCUGCCUAGGAGGAGUAAGCAUCCCCUGUCGACCGGUUACACCCGCCGUGAGCCCUUUAACUUGAUCGGGUAAACGAAUUAGAUAGCCAUCUUCAGUAAUUGCAGGCGAAGGAAUCUACAUAUAUGAUGACUUUGGUGGAACAAUGCAUGGACACGCUCUGGUUACCACGUGGCCCGAAAGAGACUCCUACUUUCCCUUCACCUUUACAGUAAUUAAAGAUGACUAUUUUAGUCAUAUUCAGCAACGAAAUUGAUCAGAAAGAAUGAUAACGAAAAUUAUGCCUUAAUGAAAAUUUUGUGUUUCCGCCACUCUUAUCAAAUACACGUGUCAUUUCCUACAUUCCUUAUCUCAUUGCGUUCCCGAAGACUAGUGCGUUACUUCGUACACAUAAUCAUGGGGUUCCUUUUGUAUUUUAUUUUGGCGCUGGGAAGUGUCGUGCAUAGCUUCAAGCCCAAAACAGUCCUUGAGGUGGACCGUCGGUUGUUGUUGAAUGACCCGCAAACAAUUCUCGUCCAGUUAGAGGCAAUACAAAGAGAAAUGCAGACUUUAAAAACAUUGGUCAACACGCAGCAGACUACAAUUCAAUCAUUAAAAACUUUGGUCAACUCACAACAAACAAAUAUUCAUACGCUGGAGACACUGGUCAAUUCACAGCAGACUAAGAUCCAAUCGAUGCAAAACCAACUGAACAGGAAGACUGAUCAAGGUGAAAUGCAGACACUGAAGACAUUGGUCAACACGCAGCAAUCUCAAAUCCAAACCAUACAGAACCAGCAAACGAAAAUGGCGGACCAAGUUGUAGGAUCUGUUUACACAACAUGGGGACGGAAAAGUUGUCCGGCAAUAAACGGAACGAAAACAGUUUACACUGGUAUUACUGGCGGUAAACCUUACCACGAGGUAGGAGGCGGUGUAAACACACUUUGCUUACCGCAUGACCCAGACAACGCGCCCAAUAAUUUUCCGACUAGUUUGCAAUCGUCAACGCAUCUAUUUGGAAGUGAGUACCAAUUUACAUACGGAAACAUCGCGCGAGAUGAUGACGUUCCGUGUGCAGUUUGUCACCUACAAAGCGCCACCUCUGUGUUGAUGAUACCGGCAAAAACCACGUGUCCCAGCGGUUGGACCAUGCAAUAUCACGGAUAUUUAGUUACCGAUAAUGAAGAUUCAGGUUGGCAUGCUACCGAUUUUAUCUGUCUCCAUGGUGACCCUGAGUAUUUGACCGAGGGUGCGCGACAGCACGAUUUGGAUGGACAUAUUCUGUAUCCAGUCACAGCUGUUUGUGGUUCUCUCCCCUGCCCUCCCUAUAAGUCAGGUCAAUACAUAACGUGUGUUGUUUGCUCGUUGUAAUGAUUAAAGAUGAUCGUUCGCUCAA